CGCUACGUCAAUGGAAGUGACAUAAUUAUGUAAACAGGAGCUGUCACUACAUUCUAUGUUAGAUUUAGUGUUAAUAUUAAUUCUAAUAAACGGCACCGUUCGGAAGAAUAUUGGACUUAAUGCGGAACCAGCCACAUUAGGAAGCUGCUUUAAACCAGUUAAGGGACUUUUGUUUUCUUGAGACAAGCUGUGAGUUUCCUGCGAUGUUUACAGACAUGGACUAUGAGCUGGAAGAGGACAAACUGGGGAUACCCACCGUACCCGGUACUGUGACUCUGAAGAAGGAUGCCAACAACCUCAUCGGCAUCAGCAUCGGAGGCGGAGCUCAGUACUGUCCUUGUCUCUAUAUUGUUCAGGUGUUUGAUAACACUCCAGCAGCUCUGGACGGGACGCUGGCAGCAGGUGAUGAAAUCACAGGCGUGAACGGGAAAACGGUUAAAGGAAAGACAAAGGUGGAAGUAGCCAAGAUGAUUCAAGCUGUCCAGGGAGAGGCAGUAAUCCACUACAACAAACUGCAGGCUGACCCAAAACAAGGGAAAUCUUUAGAUAUCGUGUUAAAAAAGGUCAAACAUCGCCUUGUGGAGAACAUGAGCUCAGGUACCGCCGAUGCUCUUGGACUUAGCAGAGCUAUUCUAUGCAACGAUGGCCUGGUUAAAAGACUGGAAGAGUUGGAGAAAACAGCAGAGCUUUACAAAGGACUGAUGGAGCACACCAAGAGGCUACUCAGAGCGUUCUUUGAGCUUUCUCAAACUCACAGAGGGUUUGGAGACGUAUUCUCCAUCAUUGGUGUUAGAGAGCCGCAGGCUGCAGCCAGCGAGGCUUUCGUAAAGUUUGCCGAUGCUCACAGAAACAUAGAGAAAUAUGGAAUUCAGCUUCUGAAAACCAUCAAGCCUAUGCUUCAUGAUCUGAACACCUACCUCCACAAGGCCAUACCAGACACCAAGCUCACCAUCAGAAAGUACCUGGAUGUGAAGUUUGAAUAUCUGUCAUACUGCCUGAAGGUGAAGGAAAUGGAUGAUGAAGAAUACAGCAGUAUUGCCAUGGGAGAACCUCUGUAUCGUGUGAGCACCGGGAACUACGAGUACCGUUUGGUGCUGCGGUGCAGGCAGGAAGCUCGGGCCCGCUUUGCUAAGAUGAGGAAGGACGUUUUGGAGAAGAUCGAGUUGUUGGACCAGAAACAUGUUCAGGACAUUGUGUUCCAGCUGCAGCGCUUUGUCUCCGGUAUGUCUCAUUACUAUGACGACUGCUACGCCGUGCUGAAGGAGGCCGAUGUGUUCCCCAUCGAAGUAGACCUGUCUCGCACCAUGAUCAACUACAGCAGCCAGUCGCUCUCCUACACAGACGAAGACGAGGAGGACGGAGGAGGCGGAGAGGAGGGAGGGAGCACACAGGCGGAAAACGGCACGGAGAAGCUGAUCGAUGAUGAAUAAGCGCGUCAUUCAUCAACACAUGCAUUUAACACGAGCACUCUGUUUUAUGCAGUGGAAUACUGCAGCUGGAACAUUGGUGCUGUUCAAAUGAAUCUGAAUAUUACUUUGUGCUGAUUUUACUGUAUUUUAUUAUAUUGAUAUUUGACUCAGCCAUCUAUUUAAACCCAUUUCUUGCAUUUUACUAUUUCUUUACUCACGAACACAGCUUCACAAAGGGGUGGAGUUACUUGAAUACAUUUGAUGGUGAUGUGUAACUACUUCUGAAUGCGGUCUUUAAGCUUAAGGUGUGCCUUUUUGUACUCUUUCUUUGAAUCUUAUUAUUUCUGGUUGUAAUUAUAUAUGAAAUUAAAUGUACUUUUAUUUUCUUUAAGAACACUUUUCAAUAGCUAAUUAUCUAGAUACCAUAUCUUUUUCUUACCAAAAAUGUAUCUGCUUACAAAUCCCAUACUUUACACUUGUCAAUGUCACAACAAAAUAUACACGCCCCUAAAACAUGAACAGGGUUGUUAUGUGAUGCUGUUACAUAUAGAUUAUUUUUGUUUGUUUUCUCAUCUUUUUUUAAAUGCAUUUAUUUGCCACUAAUUGCACAUGCAGAAUUCGUUACUCCUUUUUUUCUGCAGAUAUAAAGCCAGGUUCAUCCUAAAAAUAUUGCACCAACGUUAAAUGUUGUUUUUGCAUUGCAGAUAUUGCUAUGCUUUUACAUUCCAUGAAGUCACACUCAACAGCACAGAGCUUUAAUAUGCUGUUAGCACUACUGAAAGCAGGUGUAAACCUGGGCAAGUUCAGUAAUCCUCUAUAUCCUGUUACCAACAAUUUAUUUAUUGUGCAUUUCUUCUGAAAUAAUUUUUAUUUGAUUGUAAAAACUGAUUUCUGUUGCUUUAAUAAUGUUAUACUGUAAGUGACCACUGGAGGGCAGCCGUUUUGACUUCACCAAUGUGGUAAAAACAAGCUUUUGAAGUGAAA